AUGGGGACGCUACCAGAACGAAAAGAUAUUCCACCAUGGGUGAAAGCUCCCGAAGAUUUGAAAGAUCCCAAGGUGUUGCAGGUCCAGACGCAGCUCUUGGAGGUUCUGUUUGGCCCAACAGGAUCUCGAAUCCCAUACAUUGAGCAAGUGAGCAAGGUCAUGCUCGAGCUAAAGGUUCUGGAAUCCUCGGACCUCAGAGAGGUCGUGGUUUAUGGCUCGCUCUUGCACGAGCUCAGGGCCAGGUGGAUGCUCCAGUCCAUGGCCGAAUGGCACCGCCAGCGACAGGAACGAGCGAUGCUCAAACUUGAGGGUGCCAUGAAAGCCCUAGAGCUGGGUCCUUGGAGGAAGUGA